AUGGUUCACCAGGGCAUCAAAGUUGAACUGUUAGGCAGUAUUGGUAAUUUUUACCUAGAUAUUAAUUAUGAGCGCAGCCAAACCACUGAUUUCAUCUCUCUAUCAAAAGACCUUGAACCUCCAGGCACAAUUACCGAUAGCUCAACUGUUCCAUUUUGCUUCAACAAAGUUGACAAACAGUACGAAACUUAUCAAGGCAGGUUUUGCAGAGUCCGCUACACGCUCAGGGUGACAAUAAUUCGUAAGAAUUUUUCAUCAAAUAUAGUAAGAGAGCAAGAAAUUGCUGUUAUGAAUACAUCAACUGAAGUUGAAGAUAGCGCUUUAAUUAAAAUGGAAGUCGGCAUUGAAGAGUGCUUGCACAUCGAGUUUGAGUACAACAAAAAUAAAUAUCACUUGGCUGACUGCAUUGUAGGGAAAGUCAACUUUUUGCUAGUCAGAAUUAGAAUCAAGUAUAUGGAGAUUGCUAUUAUUAGAAGAGAAACAAUCGGAGCUGGAGCUACUGCAACGAAUGAGAAUGAAACUAUUGCCAAGUAUGAAGUCAUGGAUGGAGCACCAGUGAGAGGAGAGCUUAUACCGAUUAGAAUGUUUUUGAGUGCUUUCAAUAUGACACCAACUUAUAUCAAUGUGAAUAAUAAGUUCUCUGUCAGACAUUUCUUGAAUUUGGUUCUUGUAGAUGAAGAAGAUAGAAGAUACUUUAAACAGCAAGAAAUCACUUUGUGGAGAAAAGAUUUAUAA